CGUUUUCGAUCGUUGGUUUUUGUUUUUUUCCACCGAUAGGUAACCAACAUUUUCUCGAAAGAAAAAGUUCAUAAGGAAAAAAUAAACGGCGCAACGGCAACAGCAUCUAGAGCCGGGUUGUAUCAAAAAAACGCUUGAAAAUGUCCACUCCAAGCGAUUCACUUUCUGUGGAUUUAGAAGGCGUUCUCGCGCGGGUGUUUGUCCAAGCCCGUCCCACGGAAAAAGAAAAGGCUUCGUUGGAAGAAGCGGCAAAGGUGCUGGAUGCCGGUUGGAUCAUCGAUGAGGACGUGGUGGAUACGUACACAUUGAACCGAGGGCGCGGAUUCAAUACGGUCGAGACGUUCCUGUGCUUUGUAAACUGGUGCAAAUCGGAGCGAUCGGGUGUCGAACGUCGAGAAACCAAAAGACAUGCCAAGGAGACAACUGGAGACGAAGAGGACGACCACACAACGACAAUUUCAAUGCACCCGCCCGGAAAAAAUAAUUUGGCUCACACAGAAAAAGCAACAUCAGGCUCCGGACCUCUUUGUAGUGUUGCGAAGCCCGCCAGUUCUGCUCCGUGUAGUGGUCGUCUCGCUGCAUCUUCCACUGGUGCACCGAAGAAGAGACCUAAACUAGACAUUGACCACGAAUCAACUUCUGUAUCGUCCCGCAGCACAGUUGGGAGCUCAAGCCCAAGUAGUUCAUCUAGCUACAACGACGACUACAACCUGGUGCACGGCAUACGAAAACGCCCCCGACGAAGCGAAAGCAAGUGCCGCGACGGUACUUGCGUUGAGCGAGUACCGUCCCCUUCUGGACGAAACAAGAUCCGUCCCCAGACGAAACGAAAGCAAGUACCGUCCCCAGCUGGUCCUGCCAACAGCUCGUGUUCUUGCGUUGAGCACACCUCGUCAGGAGGCCGCUUUGCUUCAGCUUCAUCGCAGGCCGUCGCUCCCUCAGGAGAUCAUGACGCAAUUGAGCCGGUCGAGCCUCCUGCAGCCGCGUCACUGGAGUGUAGUGUGUGCCUCACGCGGACCGUAGACCGGGUUCUUGUCCCCUGCGGACAUACCGCUUGUGGUUCGUGUGUGGACAAACUGAAAGACAAGCGUUGCCACCUCUGCCGCAAGACUUUUUUCCAGGCGAUUAAACUUUUUCUUCCAUGACAUAGAAAAUUUUGACUAGGCUGAGCGAAACACACGUGGAUGCGGAAUCGAGAUACAACAACUACAUAUUACGAAGAAGAUUCCGGUGCGUGGCCUCCACAACGAUCGAUAACUCGCAGGUGAAGAGGACACUUCACCACACAGUCUGCCGCUGCCCAAACGGAAGCGCUCCUUGGCCAAAUAAACCAAGUAGAUGAAAUAAAGCGACGGUAAGACAAAGAGCACAAGCAGCAACAUCCGUCAGUCGGUGUUGAGGUCGUCAACAAGAACUAAAUUCUGGACAUGUUUGAUAUGAGUGUAUCUUUAAAAUGAAGAACACGAU